AGGAUGUCUUCUGUCAAUGACACUGACUCAUAUCCUUCUUUCUUCCUUCUAUUGGGCAUACCUGGUCUGGAAUCUUUCCAUGUCUGGAUUGCAUUUCCUUUCUUUGUUGUUUAUCUAAUAGCAGUUGUGGGGAAUAUCACAAUUCUUUUUGUGAUCAAAACUGAGCAAAGUCUUCAUCAGCCUAUGUUCUAUUUUCUGGCUCUUCUCUCCUUUAUUGAUCUAGGACUCUCUACUUCUACCAUACCCAAGAUGCUUGGAAUAUUCUGGUUCAACCUUAGGGAGAUAAGUUUUGAAGGAUGCCUCAUCCAAAUGUUCUUUAUCCACACCUACACUGGCAUGGAAUCUGUUGUACUCCUGGCCAUGGCAAUUGAUCGCUUUGUAGCCAUCUGUUACCCACUGAGAUAUACUACUAUUCUCACCAACAAAGUUGUAGCCCUCAUUACCUCUUUUGUAGUGGGGAGGCCUGUGCUUCUUGUUAUUCCCUUUUGCCCUCUUCUAAAACGACUGCCUUUCUGUGGACAUUAUAUUAUACCACAUACCUACUGUGAACAUAUGGGAAUUGCCCGACUUGCCUGUGCCAGCAUAAGAGUCAACAUCAUCUAUGGUUUAUUUACCAUUGCUGCUCUCAUCUUUGACUUAAUCCUUAUUGCCCUUUCCUAUGCUCAGAUACUCCGAGCUGUUUUCCGACUUCCUUCCAGAGAUGCCAGACUCAAAGCACUUAGUACUUGUGGUUCGCAUGUCUGUGUUAUUUUAGCUUUUUAUACACCUGCAUUUUUUUCCUUUAUGACUCACCGGUUUGGUAAAAAUGUCCCUCGCUAUAUUCACAUCCUUCUUGCCAAUUUGUAUGUGGUUAUUCCUCCUUCUUUAAAUCCAGUUAUUUAUGGGGUGCGAACAAAGCAAAUACGGGACCGAGUUGUGAGGAUAUUGAUUAAAAAAGAAUGA